UUCGGAACACCUUUUUUACUUUCACUUUGAAUAGAGAAAAACAAACGUACAGAUGCAAAGAAAUCCGUGAAAACUAUGUCUGCGUCAGGUGACGAUGUCGAAGAUUCGACAGAAUACUCCAGGUAUGGAAUCAAGGAUGCCCCGCAAACGGCGAUCGCCACACCUUUAGGACAGACAAGAACCUGUGCGGGGUUAAAUGCCAAGGAGGCCUCGUUUCUGAUCAUCAGCAUUGUGAAUAUCCUGACCGCCCUGGGACUGACACUCUACCGCUUCAUCACGGUCAUUGAUGAGGGGAAUUCGGGCAGUACUGACUUCACCUUUGCCCUCAUUCUUAUCAUCAAUGGAGUAUUCUCCAUCUUCUAUGUGUUUCAUGGUCUGCUACGAGAGAAAAAGUACGAACUGUACGUCCUUAUCCUGGCCAUCUUAGUAGUAAUGGUGUACUGCAUUGUAGAGUACAUUGUCAAUGAGAAAGGAAGGUCUACACUCAAGCUGGUGAGAUUAAUACUGGUCGCUGUGUUGGCCCCGCCCAACAUUGUACUGGCUUGGUCUGUAGCCAGACAUUUUGGUUACUUGACGUUCCGCAUUGUUGGAGCCUCAGAAUACCUUCAGCAUUUAUACAAGCAAGCAUCCAUUUUUUCCUCCUUAUUGAAGUUUGAUGUUCAAGUUACGGCAAGUUUUGUGAUAUUGGUUCUCAAAGAUGGGACAACUGUGGACACGUUCAAACAGGUGGCCCUCUCUGUGGGUCUCCCUUACUCUGUGCUGUGGAACAUCUAUGGCUGGUUCAUUUUAAGAAAAGAAUGGAAGAAACAAACCUGGGUCUUUGCUUUCUUUGGCCUUGCGAAACCUGCAUACUAUAUAUUCCAAAUCAUAAAGGAGUACAGCCAACUAGAAGAUGACGCCACAGAGGGCCAGAAGUUGAUAGUAUACUCCACCCUAGUAGCAGGAGCUUUGGGUGUGCUGAUUUGGUGUGUCAUCAUGGUAGAACUGACUAUUGUCUACAAAAACUUUGGCCAAGGACUAAAGGAGAGAGCAUUUGAUGUUCUGGCCUCGGAGAAGACGAGUCUAAUUACAGGGAGGAGGGUGCAUAACUGAUGGCGGACGGAGAGUGUGUAAAUAAUGAAGGCUGGAGAGAUACUGAAAAUCUUAAUGUCAAAGAUAGACAACAGUGAUUACAAAAGCCUUAUCAAAGGAGAAAAUAGGACAUUUGUAAAUGUGGAAAACAGCACACUGUUAAGAAAGAAAACAGUUAGGUUUUUUUUACCGCAAUACAAGUAUAUUCUGUAUACUUUAAUUUUAUUUUUUAACAUCAGCAUAAUAGAUUCAUCAAUUUGUCUGGGUGUAGAAACUUGUUUUAUUUUUAUCAAGAAACUGAAAAAUGAAAGUUGUUAUCUACUGUUAAAUCAUUUUUAUACUUGCAUUUUAUACAUAUGCAUACUGGCUUUUUAUUUUUAAGAAAUGUAACCAUACAUUUACCUACAUUUGUUUAUAUAAUUAUAAGAUAUUCAAAUGUUUUAUUUCAAUAUUGAAUUUAUUAGCUGAAUGGGUAGUUGUAAAAGACAUAAAAAGUACUUGUACAAGCUUUAAUGACAUAUGUAAAAUGUACAAGUACCAGUAUUAUUGUAACUGAGUUCCCCUUGUUUACAUACGUUACCUAUUGUACAUGUACUAUAGUCUGUGCAAGUUGUAAAUACACACAGUAGUGCAUUUCAUUCUUAUAAAUGAAUCAUGUAUACUGCAUUUUUUUUUACCUGCAAUUUAGCUUUGCAUUGAAUUUUAUGUGUACCGGUAAAUAUGGCAUUAGAAAUCCUUUCAGGGGGUGUUGGGGUAUUGUUUGUUAUAGAAAAUGACGGGAUUAUCACCUGUAAAUUUGAAGAAAAAAAAUUUACCUAAUAGGUAUAAAUACAUGUAUUAAUUGUUGUUUAUAUUGUGUAACAUGGAGAGGGAAAUGAUUCACCAUUUCUUCUUCACAUAAUUUGAAAAUUUAAAGCUGCAGUGGUUUUUUUUAAUUUCAUAAAAGAAUGGAGGACUGCAGUAUAAAUUUCAUUAAUAGAGAGGUUUAGCAAACCAACGUGUACGGGUAUGUUUACGUGUAGAACGGAAAAUAUGUGCAUUACGUCAUCAGUUUGUGUAAUGACGAAUCUCUACACGUAUGUACCCGAAUGAACAUACGUGUAAAUUGCAAAGUACCCGUAAGGUCGAACUUGUAGCCUCUGUUUCCCUGUUGUCUGUUAAUUUUGAUAAAUAUGUUAACUUUUCUUUAGCCUGAAUAUUCAAUGCUAAUACUGAUAUCUACCAACAUAAAUUUUCAUUAGCGUUUAAUAUGUUAUUGGAGUUUUAUUUCAUGCGUCUCUUCCUCCAAAACAUGCAAUGGCUCCGUUAUCUUAUUAAUUUGCGAUAAAUAAAAAUGUGCAUAAUAAAUGAUGUUAAAUAAAAUUAACACAUGCAGAAUUCCUACUUUUCGUUUAUAACCAACAUUCUCAGCUUAGUAGGAGAGGAUAUCCAUAAUUACAUUAAAACAUUUACACGUACAAGUACACGUUACAACUGCUAAACAAGAAAAGUAAUUGAGCUGGUACGCGUAGUUCUAACUUGUAACCUACACGUACAAGUACACGUUGGUCUGCUUAACUUCUCUAUUAUGGGGAAAAGAAUUUAAUUUACAACCGAAUAUAAAUUAAUUAAAGAAAAAUGAUUGUUGGAGAGAAAGUCCUGUGAAAUAAGUUUGCAAAACUAAUGAUAUGGGAUUGGGUUAAGUGCAAUAUUGAGACACUUAUUGAUAAUGUUUGACACCUUCCAUUGUAUAAACAGGUCUAGGCAACCUCCGUUUUUGGAGGAUAGAUUUUAUCCUCCAAAAUUGGAGGAUAGAUGUUUGCGCCCCCUGGUGGAUCUUUUCAGAUGAAGGGCAAUUAACUCUGUUUUUACAAAGGGAGUUAACUAUAAAUAAAAUAUAAUUAUUAGACAAUAAAAAUAUCACCUUAUUUAGCUAUUUAUAAUUAUAUUUAUUGAUAAUAUUUAAUAAAUAUUUAAGUUUAAGUAAUUGCAGGGCUGAUUUUAAAGAAAAAUACUUUAUGUGAAGACUCUCACAUUUUUAUUCAAUAUCAGGAUAUUUGAUAUCUAUAUAAAUGGUAUCAUUUUGAUUUAUAAAAUUUAACAAUGUCUUUUUGUGUGAAGGGAUUAAAUUUAAAUGAUACUUAAGAACCUGUGAAUUAAUUAGAAUAAGAGCUACAAAGUUCUGAAGGUAUAUGCAAACAUUUACUUUGUACAUGUACAAUAUAGCAGAUCAAGAUAUCUAUUAUGUGUCUCUAAACGUGAAUGAACUCAUUAAUGUUUUAAUGAGGAAUAAACAUCACUAUUUUGUGAUUUUUAUUAAAUGAAACAGAUGUAAAUAGUCUAUGUCAUUUGUAAAACUGAACACAGGAAGAACACACUUACAAAGCAUAUUGUGAAAAUACUAUACAUAGAAUUUCAAAUCGCCGCAUACAAUCAUUAGUUUAUUUCCUUAACUUUAAUUCCCAUAUGGUCUGGUGCUUGCAUUUUUUCAUUAAAGAUAUGCACGAAGCCUUUGAAAUAUACCCAUGCUAUCCUCCAAAAAUGGAGGAUAAUUUCACCCACAAUGCAAAGUGACUUUCCAUAUAUGGUAAAAAUCAGCAGCCAUCUUGAAAUUGAGCUAUCCUCCAAAAACGGAGGUUGCCUAGACCUGAUAAAGUUAGCCCAUUUUUCAUUACUUGUACAUACUGAUAUAUUAAAGGUACUUGUAGAUGUAUCACAAUAAUCCAAAAUGUAAUCAUUGGAUAAAUAGUUUAAUACCAAUACAUACAUUAACCAUCUACUAUAAAGCAGAAAUUUAAUAUUUUUAGCAUAAAUUGCAAUAUAUUUUUCAGAUAAUGAAAAUCUGAUAAAUACCGGUAAUGAAUUAAAAAACAGAGCUGAUACAAAUUGGGUAUUGGAUUUCCUUAGUAUGAUAAUUAUUGUUAUGAUUCACAAUACCUGAACAUAUCAAAUGUUAACAUUAAACUGUAUGUAUAUGUACGUGUAUACAUAUAUAUGACAUUGUUAAAUAAAGUGUUGAUGUGCA